CUAGUUCGUCAAUAAAAAAAAUCUUGUUCAUAUUUUUUAUACCUGUUUAUAGAGAAUUUGAAGCGGUGGUGGUUAUGGCGCCCGCCUGGAACUGAAAGAUCCCAGGUUCAAAUCCUACUGGUGCCACAUGAGUGGACUGUCAUGGAGCAGGACGUAUUCUUUGCGAGCUGUGCUAAACAUACCGUCAGCUGAAAUACAAGAACCCUAUCAAAUAUGGACUGACGGAGACACUGGUAUCUCUAGAAUAGACUUCUACGAUGGCCUGGACAAAUUGUACAAGUUGAGAACAUCAGCAGAUUCGUUUCUAUAUUAUAAGAUACACCCUGAAAGCUUCGAAAGCGGACACAGUUGCGAUGUGUGUGAUGUGUAUAACUCAUCCGAUUACAAUAUCAAAAUGUUUGCAAAAAGACAUUAUUUACCUGGACCUGAAGAUGAAUUCAAAUUAAAAGGUAGAUACCCCAUUGGUAAUGUUGUAACAGAAAAAUGGGGGUACGAAGUAGGUCACAGCUCGGAAGGGCUUGACUUAAAGUAUACUUAUACUGUGUGGGUGAAGUCUGAAAGUACAGGAAGCAUACCAAUUAAAUACGAACAUCGAAUGAAGGUAGACGGGACGGAAAUGUUUUAUUUCUAUCACGAUUACUUGUAUUUUAAUACUUCGAAACCCAAUCCUGAAAUAUUUGAGAUUCCCAGUUCUUUGGACUGCAAGAUUGGCUCGGCUCAGCUGCACGAACCACUUGAUCCUGUAAUGGAGUACGUUAAUCCGGCGUUAGAAGACAAAAGGAUUAACAGAGCGUUUGACAGUUUUAUAGUGGAACACGACAAAAAUUAUAAAGACGAUAAAGAAUACCGAGAGAGACAGAACUUUUUCAAAAAUAAUUUGAGAUUGAUCAAUUCAGUAAAUCGUCAACAUAAGUCGUAUUCGUUGGCUUUAAAUCAAUUUGCUGAUUUGAGUGAUACAGAACUGUCAAUAUUAAAUGCGCUCCAUGUCCAUCCCACUAAUAUUAGCGAAUAUAUUUAUCAUGACGACGACACUAUUGGUGAUGAUAUAAAUAGUUUUGACUGGAGAGUGUAUAAUGCAAUCAGCCCUAUUAAAGAUCAAACAGUUCUAUGUGGCUCCUGCUACGCGUUCACAUCGGCUGCAGCGAUCGAGUCCACAAGAUUCAUAUACACUGGAUGCCAGGGAGUGCUAGAGGAAAUCAGCGAGCAAGCGAUCAUUGAUUGCUCUUGGAGAAGUGCGGGAAAGAAAGUUAACUUCGGAUGUGAUAGCGGAAACUUAUAUUACACAUUGACUUACAUCAAAAACUUCGGCGUCCCUACUAAAGACUCUUAUGGGCCAUAUUUAGCUAUGGAAGGUAUAUGCAAUAUCAAGAACGCGGAAAAAAUAAGAAAAAUUAGCAACUUUGUGAAAAUACCUAAAGAUAAAACAAAAAUACAGAAUGCCCUGAGAAAAAACGGUCCACUCGCCAUAGCCCUGAACGGGAAUCCGAAAACUUUCAUAUUUUAUUCUAAGGGCAUAUAUGAUAAUGAAAAAUGUGCUAACCAGAAUACAGAUCUAUCCCACGGCGUGACUCUUAUAGGCUUUGGGGAAGAAUCUGGCGAAGAAUACUGGAUUUUGAAGAACUCCUACGGCACCAAAUGGGGGGAGAACGGAUUCAUGAGAAUAGCCACAAAAUCAAACAUCUGUGGUGUUAUGAAUACAGCUUACGGGGUGCAGUUCAAAAGGAAAAAUAAAAUCAAAAAAUGUUUCAAGAAAAACAACUAAUAAAAAUGUGUUUUUCAACAGAGUUUUCAAUAGAGUUAAUAUAUCAAAAAUAAAUUAUCUCCAUAUAAAGUUACCAUUCCAUGGUAUCAUUUAUUUAUUUUCA